AUGGAUCCAUCGUCGUGGACCGGGUUGGUGAGGAAGGUAUACACUGCAGCACAGGACAUAUGUAGGGAACGUGGAGCUCCGCAAAUUGAUCCGCUUCACCUCUUGGCUGCUCUUUUACAAGAUCCACAGCAGCUUCCUACCCAGGCUCUGCGGAAGGUCGGUGCAGAUAUGACGCUUUUGCAUGAGCAAGUGGAUCUAGAAAUCUCGAAAUUCCCGGCGCAAAAUCCCCCACCAGAAUACGUCGGGCCGAAUCAUGCAUGCACAGCGGUUUUUCGUCAAGCGAAAACCAUUCAGACAGAGAUGAAGGACACUCAUCUAGCUGUCGACCAUUUGUUGUUGGCAGUAUGUGAAAAUCGCACAGUCAAGCAUGCACUCCAGGCAGCUGGUUGUGAUUACAAGAAGUUGAAGGAAGUUUGCAUGAAGAUUCGUGCCGGAGCGCGAGUCACGGGUGAAGGGGCUGAUCAGAACUUUGACGCUCUGACGAAGUACGGAGUAGAUUUCACUGACUUAGCGGAGCAAGGGAAGCUGGAUCCCGUGAUUGGUAGGGACGAAGAAAUCAGAAGGGUCAUUCGCAUUCUCUGCAGAAGAACGAAAAACAAUCCUGUCUUGAUUGGCGAGCCAGGUGUAGGGAAAUCCGCAAUUGUGGAGGGUCUGGCUAGACGGGUCGUCGAGGGUGAUGUGCCGUCGUCACUCCGUUGCCGCGUGAUAUCGCUUGAUUUGGGAGCUCUUAUUUCUGGAGCGAAGUACCGCGGGGAGUUUGAGGAACGCCUCAAAGCAGUACUAAUGGAGGUCAAGAACGCAGAAGGUUCAAUUAUUCUCUUUAUUGAUGAAAUUCACAUGGUUAUGGGGGCUGGCAAGACAGACGGAGCCAUGGAUGCUGCAAAUCUUUUGAAGCCAAUGCUCGCCAGAGGGGAGCUUCGCUGCAUCGGGGCAACAACCCUCGAUGAGUACCGAAAACACGUGGAGAAGGAUGCCGCUUUUGAGAGGCGCUUUCAGCAAGUGCACGUUCAUGAGCCAUCUGUCUCUGCAACCAUUUCUAUCCUUAGAGGCUUAAAAGAUCGAUAUGCCGCUCACCACGGAGUUCGAAUAUUGGACAGUGCCCUUGUAGAAGCGGCUCAACUGGCGGAUCGUUACAUUACCUCCAGGUUUCUACCGGAUAAGGCCAUAGAUCUCAUGGACGAGGCGUGUGCCAUCGCCCGCGUCCAAGUUGACAGCAAGCCAGAAGUUAUGGAUCGCCUCGAGCGAUUUAUAUUCCAGCUAGAGGUGGAGGCGACGGCCCUGUCGAAGGAAAGCGACGCUGCUUCACAAGAGCGCCUCACCGAGGUCCGUCAAGAGAUUGCAAAGCACAGAGAAACACUGAAACCGCUUCAGAUUCAGUAUACGCGCGAAAAGGAAACGCUUGAUGAGUUGCGGCAGCUUGCUUUGAAAGAGGACGAGUUGAAAGCAAAGAUUGAAAAGGCAGAGAGGCUAGGUCAGAUGGACCUUGUGGCAGAGUUGCGGUACGACGCACUCCCUGGACUACAAAAGCGGUUGAUGGAGCUACGCAAGGAGCAGGAAAUGUAUGAGAAGACACACAAGCCUCUGCUAACAGAGGUAGUUGGACCGGAACAGAUAGCUGACGUUGUGCAUCGCUGGACGAACAUUCCCGUGCAGAAGUUGACGCAAACAGAGAAGGAAAGGUUGCUGCGCCUUAGGGAAAAACUCUCACAGCGUGUCGUCGGCCAGCUCCCAGCUGUCAUUGCCGUAUCGGAGUCCAUCUUGAGAUCAGCUGCUGGCCUUGCCAGACGAAAUAAGCCAAUCGGGAGCUUCCUCUUCUUGGGCCCGACCGGUGUGGGGAAGACGGAGCUAUGCAAAGUUGUGGCAGAAGAAUUAUUCGACACAAAGGAGCGAAUAGUGCGACUGGACAUGUCAGAGUACAUGGAAGCUCAUUCCGUUGCUCGACUAAUUGGGGCGCCACCGGGUUACGUCGGCCACGAAGAAGGCGGGCAGCUUACAGAGGCAGUCAGGCGGAAUCCCUACUCAGUGGUAUUACUGGAUGAAGUGGAAAAGGCUCAUCAUCAGGUUUGGAACGUGCUGCUUCAAGUUCUGGACGAAGGGCGCCUCACUGACUCUCAAGGCCGCACAGUUGAUUUCUCAAAUUGUUUGCUCAUUUUGACCUCCAACAUUGGUGCCCAUCAUCUCCUUGCAGCCGCCGAAAAAAGCUCCAUAGGUGGCCAGGAUAAAGCAGAGGCAAUAUUUACUGAAGCUUUUGCAAAAGUGAUGAAGGAAGUGCGCCAACUAUUCAGACCGGAGCUGCUCAAUCGCCUGGAUGACAUUGUUGCAUUCAAGGCGCUGAGUAACAGCGAUCUCAUAGAGGUGAUGCGGCUUCAAGUUGAAGAAGUUCGGCACCGUCUCCGCGAAAAACGCAUUGACUUGCAGCUGACAGAUAGGGCGUUAGAGCACGCGCUUGAAGAGGCGUUUGAUCCAGCAUUCGGGGCUCGACCACUCAAGCGAUAUCUAGAGAAGCAUAUUGUAUCUGACCUAUCCGUCAUGCUACUCAGUGGGGAGUUGGGGCCUGAUCAUGAGGCUGUCGCCGAUUGGAGUGACGAGGAACGCAAGUGGAAGUGGCGUAUCACCCGCUUGCAUGCACCGGAGGGCGAGGCACAGAACGAGAUGGAAACAGACGCCUUGGGAGACGGGCUAGCUCGGUCGAUUUCGCAAAGCAGUCGCACAAGCUCGUAUACAGGACGCGUCCUGGUCGUGACAAAGACGCAGCUCAUGUACAUUUCUAUUCACAUAUACCGUAACGGUCCUGUAGCACGGGCCGUUCGACAACUUCAGUGA